AUGCUCUACAUUCUCUUCAUUUUCCUCUUAAGCUUUCUUUCUUCUCUUACAAAUGCAACCCUUAACCUUACUCUUCUUCCUCAUGAGCACCCAGACCCUGAAGCAAUUGUUCAAGAGGUGCAAUGGAAGGUUAAGGAGUACCUCUCAAGAAAGCAGCUUAUGAGUAUCCAUGAGAAGGAUCAGACAAUUGUUUGUCCCACCGGAAACCCCGUCGACGACUGCUGGCGGUGUGAUCCAAAUUGGGCAUCUAAUCGGCAGCAUUUGGCCGAUUGUGGCAUUGGUUUUGGCCGUGAUGCACUGGGCGGCAAGGGUGGCGCAACCUACAUUGUUACCGACUCUUCUGAUGCUUUGAAGCCAGGCACGUUCCGGUAUGGUGUGUCUUUAAAUCAGCCCCUUUGGAUCAUCUUCUCCGGCGAUAUGACUAUAAAGCUUAAAGAUAAGCUCUUGAUGAGUAGCUUCAUGACCGUGGAUGGCCGUGGUGCUAAUGUUCAUAUCGUCGGCGCUGGGUGUCUCAUCAUAGAACAAGUUAGAAAUGUGAUUAUCCAUAACAUCCACAUCCAUGACUGUGUUCCGGCGAAAUCGGACGGUGAUGGGAUCACCAUUAAAGAAUCAAGUAGGAUUUGGGUCGACCAUUGCACCCUCUCCAGUUGUACUGAUGGUCUCAUCGACGUUACCCACGGCUCUACUGGCAUCACUAUAUCAAAUAACCAUUUCUCCCAUCAUGAUAAGGUGAUGCUUCUGGGACACAGUGAUGACUUUGUUGCGGACUCAGGGAUGCAAGUGACAGUGGCAUUGAACCAUUUUGGUGAGGGGUUAGAGCAGAGGAUGCCGAGGUGCAGGCAUGGUUACUUCCAUGUUGUCAAUAACGAUUACACUGAAUGGGGAAUGUAUGCCGUCGGCGGGAGCACAAACCCAACGAUAAACAGUCAGGGGAACCGGUACAUAGCACCGGCGAACCCGAAUGCAAAAGAGGUGACAAGAAGAUUGGACACAGUGGGGAAGAGUGAGUGGCUGAAGUGGGAUUGGAGGUCUGAGGGGGACAUGUUGGUUAAUGGGGCUUUCUUUGUGCCUUCAGGGGAUGGAGCUGGGGUUAAGUAUGCAUUAGCAUCUAGUACUGAACCCAAGUCUCCUAUGAUGAUUGACCAGUUGACCAUGAAUGCCGGCGUAAUAUCGGGUCCCACUGUUCCAACUCCUAUUGGUGGCAGUAGACCUGUGUCUGAUCCGGGUACCGGUACUGGUACUGGUACUGGUGUAGGAGCAUCUACGGGUUUGGACACGGGCUCGGGUACGGGUUGGGGACCAUUUGUUGGUGGAGGAACGGGUAGUCUUUUCUCCACUGUUCCUAUCCUAUCUAGGGACAAUUAUAAGAAAUGGAAAGAGGACAUGGAUGUGACACUUUGUUUGAUGGAGUUGGGCUUAGCUUUUAAAGAGCCUAAGCCCAUAGUUACUGCCUCCAACACCACAGAUGAGAAACAAAAGUUGAAAAAAUGGGAAACAACUCACAAGAAGUGCAUCACUCCGAUGAAAAAAUCUAUCCUUGAGACUAUGAAGGAUAGUAUGGAAAAGAUGGACACUGCCACAGAAUAUCUUGCGGCCAUUAAGGAAGUUUUUGAGGAUUGCAAAGCUGAAGCAAGAUUAUAUAACCCACAUGAGAGGGUAUUGGACUCCAGAACAGUUAGCUGCUUCUUUAUGGGAUAUCCUGAGAGGUCCAAGGGUUACAGAUUCUACUGCCUUAGUUCAAUAAACAAAAUUGUUGAAACCAAUCAUGCCAAGUUUAUUGAGAAUGGUGAUGAGCUUCCUAAGCCUUGCAAUCUGGAUUUUGAUGAAGACCGCACAGUUACUUUUGAUGUAGUUCCUAGUACCAUCCUUCAGCUAUCUACUACUACUGUUGAUGAGGUUGCAUUCGACCUGUUGAGGAGGUGA